AACAACCCGGUCGCGAUGAGCCAACUAGGAACCGUUUAUGCCACCAAACGAAGACGUCGGAAUGGGAAAAGCUUAAAACCACCCCAAAAGGAUGGCGUGACGAAGUCGAAUCCCAGCAAACGACAUCGCGAACGACUGAACGCCGAAUUGGACACGCUGGCGUCGUUGCUACCAUUCGAGCAGAAUAUCCUGAGCAAGCUAGACCGGCUCAGCAUCCUCAGACUCAGUGUGAGCUAUCUUCGAACGAAAAGCUACUUUCAAGUGGUGAUGCACAAAGACAAGGAGGAAAAUUCGCACCACGAUUCUCACUACAGAGCGAGGGAGUUGGCCGCGUUCGCUGCAUACGAUCAUCAUCAUCUUGACGGCGAAACGUUCCUUCAGGCGCUGAACGGGUUCCUACUCAUCCUCACCUGUGACGGGGAAGUGUUCUUCGCCACCCACAGCAUAGAAAGUUACCUUGGCUUCCAUCAGUCCGAUAUCGUCCACCAAAGUGUCUACGAGUUGGUGCACAGCGAGGAUCGCGAAGAAUUACAGUACGCUCUUUCACCCCAACACAGUCACCUAUUGGAGCGCAGUUUCACUGUCCGUUUCCGUUGUCUUCUGGACAAUACGUCCGGCUUUUUGCGUUUAGACAUCAGAGGCCGCGUGAAGAUACUCCAUGGCCAAAAUAGGAAAACGGAGGAACCACCCCUGGCGCUGUUCGCCCUCUGCACACCAUUCGGACCGCCUUCUCUCCUCGAAGUCCCUCAAAAGGACGUGAUGUUUAAAAGUAAACACAAACUGGAUCUAGCGCUGGUGUCCAUGGAUCAACGGGGGAAAAUGUUGCUGGGAUACUCGGACGCUGAACUGGCGAACCUCGGUGGCUACGAUCUAGUCCAUUACGACGAUUUGGCUUACGUCGCGAGCGCACACCAAGAACUACUGAAGACUGGAGCUUCAGGCAUGAUAGCGUACAGAUUCCAGAAGAAGGACGGCGGAUGGCAGUGGUUGCAGACCAGUUCCAGAUUGGUUUACAAGAAUUCGAAGCCUGACUUCGUCAUCAGCACGCACAGACCGCUUAUGGAAGAGGAAGGCAGGGAUCUUCUAGGGAAACGGACGAUGGAUUUCAAAGUGAGCUACUUGGACGCUGGACUGACCAACAGCUACUUCUCCGACAGCGACAGCCUGACUGGAUCGGUGAUGACACCAACGCUUCCAACGCAGCCAACGUCUCAGCGUGUGAACAGGCGGUACAAGACCCAGUUGAGGGACUUUCUGUCCACUUGUCGGAACAAACGUACCAAACUUUCCGCACAAUCGUCCGUUUCGCCGCCAGUCACGCCCACGGUCGCGUCCGUGGACUAUUUAGCGGCUGAUACCAGCGCUGCAGCCGCGGUCGCAGCGGCGUACAGCAACCUGAACACGAUGUACCCUACUCCGUACGCGCCUACGGCAGUCGCUGCCAGUACUGAUCCUUCGUUGACCACGUACAUCGGUCACACGGGCAAUUAUCAUCAAACAUUAUAUCCGGCGACCGCGUUGGACAAUAGGUAUCUAACAGCAGCCACGGAGAAUCUGUUCCAGUACAGGCCUCUCGGUUCCUACUACCCAGAGUACCACACGAGCACCGCGUACAACGGCUUCAUCGACGUCUCUUUACCCACCUACGAGACCCACCAACUAACAAGUAAAGCAGAAGAGAAACUCUACUGCCAGCAAUUGGGGGAAUCCCCUAAGUACAGCUACGUCGAGACAAGACACCCGAGCAGCGUCAGUGGUUCCCCUUAUGCGGCCAGUCCGGUCGCAAGCGCGUCCACGAUGCACACAGCGACCACCGACAUCAAUAUCGUUCGAGCUGGUAGCAGACACUCCCUGGAAGGUGGAGCGUCGUCCAGCAAUUCCGCUGGAAGCUCCCCCGUGACUGGACCAACGAACGGUGUGCUCACCCCGAAGAUCGAGGACGUUAAACCAGAAGUGUACGGGAACGAGGCCCCAAGACAGACUGUCCUGAUGUGGGGCGCACCACCGCCUCGUACUCCACCGAGGAAUAACGGUAGCUACAGCCCGCCGACGCCACAUUCCACCCAUUCGUCCACCCAUUCGACCAACACAGCAGCGGCUGGUGAUCCCCUAAAGUCCCUGGCGGAGAUGAACUCGAUGAACGGGGAGUGCAAAUGGAGGCAAACGUCACCCAGCGAGCAACAAACCACCGCGCCGAGUUCACCGCGAACUAAGACGCAAACGCAGCACCAGCAUCAUCAACAGCAACAACAACAGCAACAGCAUCAGCAGUAUCCAGUGACCACGUCACAAUAUCAGGCAGCAGCGGCAGCAGCGGCUGCGGCCGCAGCUGCAGCGGCCAGCACUAUCGGAUACACGCACUCGCAUCCAGGCCAUGGCCACGGGGAAGCGGGCUCCGAGGUAUGGCAAGGAGUGCAACACCAUCACCACUACCAGUACUAUCCCUACCACCAUCACCACCCCGCACCACCAAGGCACGCGCCCCACACACCCCCGUCAACUGUGGGAACGGGGACGGGAGUCGGCAUGGGCAUCGUCCCGGACAGCAACACCAACAACAACAACAACCACAACGUCUUGUACCAUCCUGCGCACCACCACCCCCAGCACCAACACGGGGUGGGAUCAUCACCGGGGGGAAUGGGCCCAACUGUCCCUCAGAUACCAAACCGGACGCCGGGAGUCCUUUGCUGUCCAUCUCUGAGGUGA